AUGAAGAUGGACAACAUUUAUGAGAACGUGGAGAUGAAAUCUCUGGAUUAUUCAUCAUGUUCUCAGCCGACAGCUGCCGUGCGGAGUCAAGGGAGUUCGGCAGCAUCCGAGGAAAGACGUGCUGGGAAAGUAUCUUUCUACAAGAGGAUUACAGUGGCCUUUGCUUGUGUGUGGAUCUUCACUGUGAUUGCUGGGCUGGGCUUUAUCAUUUACCGCAGUUCAUUGGAAAAUAGACGUGUCUCUGAGCUUCAGAAUGAUUUGUUGGACUUGAAGAUGAACAGCUCCUCACACAUCACUGAGCUACAGAAUAAUCUGGAGACACUGCAAAGAGAACACUCAGACCUUCAGAGAGACCAUUCAGAUCUACAGACAGACUACAGAAACAUGAACAGAAUCUGUCAGCUUACACAGAGCUCCAAGGCUGAGCUGCAGAAGAAAGUGGAGAAUGAGGAGGCUGAGAACUCCAGACUGCAGCAUCUCUACAGCAGUAUGAAGGGCAGCUAUCUCCCCAUAGAGAUGUGCUUCCCCAACGACACCAACAAGACUGUAAGACGUGUGUUAUCUGAGUAUUCAAGAAAGGAAGGAGUUACCCCCAUACCAGAUACCACCAUGCAAUAA